CCGCCCCCUGGUGCUGCCGCGGCCGCUCUCGCGAGAGCCGGGCACGGGAGGGGCGCAGGCGGUGACUGACAGCCGUGGGGGCUCGGCGCCGUCGCCAUUGUGCUGAGGGAGGAAGCGGCUGGCUCGGUUCGGCGUGGCCGCCUGCGGGCCCGGCUCCUCCGGUGACCCUGGGUGCGCGCGCCCGCGACAGGUACAAAAAAUGGAAUCCAAACCAUCAAGAAUUCCUCGGAGGAUAUCUCUUCCGGCCUCCAGUUCUCCAAUAGGAUCCCGAUCAUUAACUGGAAACAGUUUAGCUGGGGCAUAUAGUGCAAGAGAAUCUUCACGGAGAUUAGACUCUGGAUACCAGGAAUCCGCUGUAUUGAAUACUUCUGGUAGAGACUGGGGAAUUGGAGAAAGAGAGACCCAUGAAACUGCUUGGAAGCUUACAGCGUCCUCUCCAACUCACUACUCAGGGACACUUGAUCAUCCACGGUCUGAAAGAUUCUGGGGAAGCAGAAACAGACUGUCUACAUCUUCCUCCUCUCAUUUUACAUCUGGGUGUUAUGGUGAGUCAGAGAGAACUCAGGGAGCAUAUUCAAGACUGCAUAACCAGCAACGAGAUAGUGAUUCAAAGAGACCUAAGCUGUCCUGUACGUCUACCUCUUCUGUGAGAAAUAAUGGCUUGACUGCCUUUUCAGAUGCCUCUUGGAGGUAUAGUAGGAUUCCUAGAUCUUCAUCUGUGAUGCUCGGUUCUCUGGGAACUGAGCUGGUGAGAGAGCGAAGAGAGUUAGAAAGAAGAACAGAUGUGUCCAUUAAUGAUCUGGUGGAUCACAGUUACAGAAGAAAUGACUUUUCAUCUUCAACGUAUCUUCAGGAUAGGCCUGCCUCUUCGUAUGCAGAGGGAGCAAGACCAAAAGAGAAUUCAUUAAGUGCUUUGAGGCUGAAUGCAUCCAUGAACCAACAGUUGCCUUCUGAUCGUCAGCCAUCUUUUUUCAACAGAGACUCUAACAUAAGCUCUUCAAGAUCGAGCUAUUCUUCAAGACAAAGGAGAAAUGAAAUGGAAUCUCCCCAGAGGAGCAUGCAGCCAGCAUUUUCUCUUUCUGCCAUUAGAGAAGACAUUCCUUCCUCAAGUGGCUCUGAAAGGGUUUUAUCUUCUCAGAGGUCAUUAAAUGAGGCUGCAGCUGACAGCGAAGGGAGGCGCACAACCAGACAGCUGCUGUCUCGUUUAGCGUCUAGUAUGUCGUCUACAUUUUUCUCUCGAAGAUCUAGCCAGGAUUCAUUGCAUACAAGGUCAUUAGGCUCUGAAGAAUCAUCUGUUGUCCCAAGAGUUCAACCUUCUACUCUGUCUAGUGCUAAUGGAGCUGCAACACCAGAAACUGCAGGACUUCAGACAUCUGAAGCUUCUCAAGGAUUUAGUUUUCUUAGACGAAGAUGGGGUUUAUCAGGAAUAUCACAGAAUCUUAACUCUGAUUCGGAUGGAGAAAGCUACAGACCAGACUCUGAAAGCAGGAGCACAGGAUCCUGGUUAUCAUCAUCUUUGAGGAACAGAUGUACACCUCUCUUCUCCAGAAGAAGGAGAGAAGGAAGAGACGAGUCUGCAAGGAUCUCUACCUCUGAUACAACUGCUAGAUCGCAACAUGUCUUCAGAAGAAGAGAGUCAGGUGAGGAGACCUCUCUUGAAGCAUCAGAUAGCCCGCCUAGGGCUUCUGUUAGCAGACCAUCAACACCUGCAGUAUCUGGUAUUCCUACAGCUACUGCCUCCCCGCCAGAUUCAUCCCACAGCAGAAGAAGUUCUGGAAUUCUGCCUGGUUCUCUCUUUCGCUUUGCAGUGCCUCCAACAUUAGGAAGCAGUCUGUCUGACAAUCUUAUGAUAACUGUAGAUAUUAUUCCCUCUGGCUGGAAUCAGUCUGAAGGACAAGAAAGUGAUAAGUCUAAAAUACCACCUUCAAGAGAUCCAGAAAGACUCCAGAAAAUUAAAGAGAGUCUGCUUUUAGAAGAUUCUGAAGAUGAAGAGGGUGACUUAUGUAGAAUCUGUCAGAUGUCGUCUGCAAGUUCUGACAACCUUUUAAUAGAGCCAUGCAAAUGCACUGGAAGUCUGCAGUAUGUUCACCAGGAUUGCAUGAAAAAAUGGCUGCAGUCCAAGAUUAAUUCAGGUUCUUCAUUGGAAGCAGUAACUACUUGUGAACUGUGUAAGGAGAAGUUACAUCUGAAUCUGGAAGACUUUGAUAUUCAUGAACUCUAUAGGGCACAUGCAAAUGAACAAGCAGACUAUGAAUUUAUCAGCUCUGGUCUCUACCUUGUAGUGUUGUUACACUUAUGUGAACAGCGCUUUUCUGAUAUGCUAGGAACUGCAAGUGAGGCCAGCACACGUGUCAGAUUUAUUAACCUUGCAAGAACUCUUCAGGCACAUAUGGAAGAUAUUGAAAGUAGGUGCUUCCCCUCUCCUCCUUCUUCCCCCCCAUUAGAUCUACUCAAAGUUAAAUGAGUACAAUCCUCCUUUGCCAAGAUGAUUCGUACUACCAAACCUAAUUACUGAAAGUUUGACUUUACCCAGUGCUUUUUCCAGUAUCAGUAGAAUUAUUCUGGGUGGGAGCUGAUUUUAAUUCUCCAUGAUGGAUUUCCCAAUAGCAUCAUGACUAUGCAAGACUAUGCAAGUGUUUCCUGCCAGUGAUACCAAGAUUCUUUACGAGUUUACCAAGAUUCUUUGCGAGUUUAUUCUAGUAGUACCUCGUUUUGGAAAUGGUGGUGACCUUUAGGCUGAAGCCUCUUCAUGAGUUCUGGUAGAAAAUAAGCAUUUCAGGCUAAAUUUGGCUGUACUUAAAUUACCAUACCUUUCUUACCCUUUUUGUUAACCUCAUUUUGCCUGCUUUUUGGAUGUACGUAUUCUUUGAUCAGCACUAUCCACUUCUGGAAUGAAUUUAACAGUUCUCAACUAAGGUAGAGGACUAGCUUACCUUUCACCUAGUUGUUCUUCAGUGCAAUGAAGUGAGAAAAAUGUGUGCUGACCUGUGGUAAAUGUAGCCUGAAUCUGAGUAUUAUUUCUGGGCAUUGUGAAUAGGCAGUGGAAAGGUAAUUGGUUUAUCUUUUUUCUAGAGUGUGUUUGUCUGUCGACAGGAAAAUUGUGUAUAUGUAUUGAGCUUUCAGUGAAUAGGACAUGUUUGGAGUAUAAGGAAUGCUGGCGGGGGGGGAUUGUUUAGUUCAAGAAGCAGAGGAUUAUUUCUGCGUUCAAAGCACUAUGUAAGUAAUGUUUUCUAUAACAGAAAUGGAUUGGAAUUCAGGAUUUAUUCCUAAGUUAUGUGUAUUCUUAUUAUAGUAGAAAUUAAUCUUAGUAAGUGGCAUUCCACACAGCAAUUUAAUCUAUAUUUGACCUAGACUUCAACUUGCAGGUGAGGAAUACUGACUUGAAAUUUAUUAUUGACACCAUUUGAGUUAAUGUUUCUCUUCUGAGAAAUGUUUUUGGGAGGCUGGAGAAGUGAUGAGAAAGACGUUGCUUCCCUCUUUAUGUUCAGAGAUAGAACAAAUUACGUGGUUCAAAUAAUUUCAAGACUGCAGAGUUUGCUUAGGAGGACAGAUUAAUUCCUGUUAGGCACAAGCUAACUUUACAAAACUAUUGUAGAUGUUUGUCCUUAGUUUUUAUCACAGCUGAGAAGCAUGCAUUUGUCCUGUAAUUCACCUUUCAAUAGCAGAAUGCUAUGCAUAUGGGAACUUUAUGUUUAUCUUACAUAGACUGAAAGAAUGGGGGUGGAGAUAGGAACUGCUUCCAAGUAGGACUCACUCAAAUGUAUUAAGCAACAGAUAUAUAUAUAUACACACAAAACGUAUGUGUAUAUAUAUAUAUAUAUAUAUAUAAAUGUAAAUGUCAGACAUUUCUGUUUGCUUAGACUAAUGAAUUUUUAUAGGUAUUUUAGUAUAAAGAUAGUUUAACUGUGGGAGUAAUUUCUUCCCCUGUGUUGGGUGCAGCUAUCAUAGCUUGAACAACCUCUCCUCUUACUGCAGUUGGAAUUAGCCACUCUAAACUUCAUAUAAAAGUUGAAUCUCUGGCAUAAUCAUUUUUUCUUCCUUUUAUUUUGAGGAGGAACAGCAGGAGGACACUGCAGUUUGUAGUGUGGAAUUCAGACUUAAAAAUGCUAUGUUUUUCAGAUGUGAGAUGCAUUUAAAAAUUAAGCUAUGAAAUUAUACAAGGUUUGGGCCGGUAUUACAGUCAGCUAUUUAUAUUAUGAAAUCACGUGUAUUUCCACUACUCAUUUUAAACUGAAAGUGCUCUAGUUCUAAAUUUAAGAGACCUUUAUGAAGACCUCUGAUUAUACUGUGUUGUUCCAACAGCUUCUGAGGAUGAUUCUGAAGACUGAUGCUGGUGGAACUGUGUUGCAAGAGACAAACAGAUGUGCUGCAGAAAUGCUGAACUGGCAAGAACAACAUGAACAUGCAUUUGUUUUUUGCUCUCCUUAGUAAAAAGUGCAUUGAAUAUUACUGUAGUUUUUGAAGCACUGUUGAACUCAAAAUCAACUGCUGCACUGUGGAACUCAGUGGAUUUGAGAACUACUCAGCAUGUGCAAAGAUUAGAUACGUGUGUGUAUAUGUAUAUAUAAGGCAACUUCCCUUUUUAAAUGAUGGGGAUGUGCUUCAUUUUGGGAGACAUCAGAUUUUGAAUAUUUAAGAAAGCUGUAUCUCUCUUUAUUUCCUUCUUACUGUAGUCACAUUUCUGGUUUUGUCUGUCCAGUUUUGCUCCUCUACUGGCACUAAGUGGUUAUUGUGGGUUU